CUCCUCUUCUUCCCUCCACUCGCCUCCAAAUUUUCUCUCUCUUCUCUCGGCAGAGCCACACCCCUCUCUCUCUAUCUCUCCCUGUCUCUCUCUUCUCCGGUGCGCGGCUGAAGUGAGGGACCAUGCAGGCGGCGGCGGUGAAUGGCGGGGGCGACGUGCAGAAGCCUCAGCCGCAGCCGCAGCAGGUGGUGGUGGGGUCGCCGCAUCCGCCGGCGGCGGCCGUCGUGCCGCCCCAUUGGGUGGCCAUGCCGUUCGCGCCGCCGCCAGGGGCCGCGGCCAUGGUGAUGCCGCCGCACCAGAUGGCGCCGGCGCCGCCCCAGUUCGCGCCCGCGCACUUCGUGCCGUUCCACGCCGUUGCGCCGCUGCCGCCGCCGCCGCGGGCGGCGCUCGUGCCGGCCGUCGCCCUGGGCUCCCCCGCGCCGCAUCAGGCCGGCCAGGAGGAGAACAAGACCGUCUGGGUCGGCGACCUCCAUUACUGGAUGGACGAGAACUACCUCCACAGCUGCUUCGGCUACACCGGCGAGGUUGUGGCCAUUAAAGUUAUUCGCAACAAGCAGACUGGACAGUCGGAAGGAUAUGGAUUUGUUGAGUUCUACAGCCAUGGUGCAGCUGAAAAAGUUCUUGAAGGUUUUUCUGGUCAUAUAAUGCCAAAUACCGACCAACCUUUUAGGUUAAAUUGGGCAUCGUUUAGCAUGGGAGAUAGGCGCUCAGAUGUUGCUUCGGAUCAUUCCAUAUUCGUGGGCGACCUUGCUUCUGAUGUCAAUGAUGCCACAUUACUGGAGACUUUCUCCAGCAGGUACUCCUCUGUCAAAGGUGCCAAAGUUGUUAUUGAUGCUAACACUGGCAGAUCCAAGGGCUAUGGUUUUGUGAGGUUUGGAGAUGACAGUGAGAAGACACAUGCCAUGACUGAGAUGAAUGGUGUGUAUUGCUCUUCUAGGCCCAUGAGAAUAGGCCCUGCAACUCCCAGAAAAUCAUCAGGUACUACUGGAUCAAAUGGUUCAUCUGCUCGAUCAGAUGGAGGAGACUUGACAAACACAACUGUAUUUGUCGGCGGGCUCGACCCAAAUGUUAGUGAAGAGGACCUUAGGCAGACCUUCUCCCAGUAUGGAGAAAUAUCUUCCGUAAAGAUUCCAGUCGGGAAACAAUGUGGCUUCGUGCAAUUUGCUCAGAGAAAGAAUGCAGAAGAUGCAUUGCAAGGACUAAAUGGAAGCACCAUUGGCAAACAGACCGUGCGCCUUUCAUGGGGCCGCAACCCAGCAAACAAGCAGUUUAGGGGCGACAACGGCAACCAGUGGAACAACGGGAUGUACUACGCGGCGUCCCCGUUCUACAACGGCUAUGGCUACCCUGCGGCGCCAUUCCCUGACCCUGGCAUGUACGCUGCUCCGGCUUACGGCGCCUACCCGUUCUACGGCAGCCAGCCGCAAGUGAGCUGAGCUGAACUGAACUGCCGGCGCGCCUCGGCCGAAGCUGGAGCCUGCAGGUACUAGGCUGUUAGGUGUAGCUCUUGGUAGAAGAAGAUGAAGGAGAAGGUAGACGACGAUGGUUUCUUAGGUGAUCUAGAUGCAGUGACUGCUUAUGUAAAGUGCGUUACUGUUACACGAUCUAGCGCCUAGCGCCACCGGGAGUCCGAGACACCUAUUGACUCGCCACGGUCUGUCGGAUUCAGCGACAAAAAGAAUUUUUGAUGGCUUGGAGCUGUAUGCGACCUUGAAGCAGAACAAUAAGCUAAUGAAAUCCUGGUGUCUGCUAUUCGAUUUG